CCAAGGUUAAUAUAACCUAUAACAUUUCUUAUCUUUCUUUAUUAAAUUAAACAUGACAUAAUUAAUUAAGGUUACAUCCUAUUCCUAUCACUUCUAAUGGCCUUCCACACAAAAAUGAAGUUGACAUACUUUUGCCUAUUAAUCUUUCUCAUUCUCCUUUGUAGUUCAUCAAUCCUUGUGACUUCUCUAGAUUCAUGUGCCUCUAAUUUGGUCCAACUUCAGCAACCAAUCCCUUUUGAUACAAAAUCACUUCUCUGCAUUCCUGUUUGGGGCGAUCACAAUUUCAUUCUCAGAUAUGCUAAGGCUUCAUCAAAUAUAUGGAGUUUUAUAUUCUCAUUCCCAACAAACAUAAAUGCAUAUGGAGCUAUAGGGUUCUCCAAAAAUGGCAACAUGGUUGGUUCUACUGCGAUUGUAGGGUGGAUGCCAUCUUCAGGUGCAGGGGGAAUGAAAAUGUACUCUCUUGAUGGAAAAUCAACAAAUGAAGUGAUUCUUGACAAAGGAGAACUUUAUAUUAUGAAUGCAUCAUCCAUAGCUGCAGCUGGCACAUCACUAGUCUACAUGAUCUUUCAAUUGAAAACUACACAACCUAGUACAAAAUUGUUAUUUGCCAUUGGACCAAAUGGUGUAUUUCCUAAUUAUCCUGACUAUGCCUUGUCCAAACAUAGCGGUCACAUAUCAUUGGUCAUAGAUUAUUCAAAAGGUAAAAUAAUUAAGAGAAAUUGUAACCCAAAAGUUCCAAGAAGAAGGCAUGGCAUUCUGCAGAGUGCAGGAUGGACCACUCUAAUGAUACUCGGAUCCAUAAUUUAUCGUUAUUUCAAGCAACGGGAUCCCGCUUGGUUUUAUUUGCAUGCUUCUAUUCAAACAAUUUACUUCCUAGCUGGCAUAAUUAGUCUUAGAUUAUAUGUUAUAGAGUUAUUAGUUAUUGUUAUAGACUUUUUCUUUUUCUAAUAACUAUGCUAAGGGUUGUUUACUCCUUUUAUUCUCUUGGUUAAGAGUUUUGGACUAAUGUCAAAGCAGAAUUUGUGACUAUUGUUGAGAAUUCUACCUGGUUAAUUGGAAAUAGCAAACACAUGGCAAGACUCUU